GGUAGGUGAAUGAGUAUGUUGUUAAUUUCCGGUAACAGAGAUCAAUCGCUAAAAGAGUCAAUACUCUAACUGGAGCUGCUUUGAUUUCUCUCUCAGUCAGUGCCAUAUCAAGUUCUACCACCUUUCAUGCUGGAAAGUAUAUAAAGGCAAUGUCUAUUCAACGUCUGCCAGCGGUAAACAUUAGGGGCUGCAGGAAACCAGUUUUAGGAACUCUCAGGAUUCCAGAAAAGAACACCAGAAUUAACCUUGAAAAUCAUUUGAAAUGGAUUUCGGAAUUCCAGCAAACGUGCAGGUUUUAUUCCGAGCAUGCGAUGAGGGCGAUUACGAGAGUGCAAGGCGAAUCCUAGAACCAGGUGUUGCCGAAACCGCGACACCAGGAAGGCUCUGCCCCGAUGCGGGAUCAGAGUGCAACGCAGACAGCUCGAGCUCCAGGUCAGCUUCGCUUGUCCCGGUUGAUUGCACAGAUGAGGAGGGUAACACAGCGCUCCAGUUCGCCGCUGCUAGUGGACAUGAGAAUGUUGUUCGGUUUUUGCUAAGAAAAGGAGCUUCGGUGGACAACCGGAAUCACUAUGGUUGGACCCCGCUAAUGCAAGCAGCAAGAUUCGGCCAUCUGAGUGUUGCCCACAUGUUGUUGGAAAAUGGUGCUGAAAUAAAUGCCAAAAACAGAAUCGGGGCCAGCGUCCUUACAAUGGCAUCAAGGGGUGGUCACGUCAGUGUUGUGAAACUGUUAAUGGAGAGUGGAGCCAUUGUCGACGACUGCGAUCAUUUGGAUGUUAACAUGGGGAAUAAUAACAAAGGGGAAUUGCCAGACAUCACUGCCCUGAUGACUGGAGCACAGCACGGGCAUGAAGCCGUGGUGAGGUUGUUGCUGGAGUGGGGUGCAGAUCCAAAUUACAGCAUCAAAACAACAGGAUGGAGCCCACUUAUGCUGGCAACACUCAGUGGGAAAGUGGGUGUGGCACAACAGCUAGUAGAACGAGGAGCAGACCCAGACCACAGAAAUGUUCUGGCUAAAACCUCAUUUGAGAUUGCGCUGAACUGUAAACAAAAGGAGAUGAAGAAUUACCUGGAUGCCAUAACCACUAUCCGCCCACAGUCAGGAGAAGAGAAGAGAAGGCCAGAUGUCUUUCAUGCUCUGAAACUUGGAAAGUGCCAGUUAGUUAAGGAGAUAUUAGAUGAAGAUCCUGGCCAGGUGAACAUUGCUAAUCCUGAUGGCGCCUCUCCCCUGAUGAUUGCUGCAGUGAAUGGGCAGCUGGAUGUUGUUCAAUUGCUUGUGGAGGGAAAUGCUGACAUUGACAAGCAGGACAGUGUUCACGGGUGGACAGCACUGAUGCAAGCUACAUAUCACGGGAAUAAAGACGUUGUUAAGUAUUUGUUAAAUCAAGGAGCUGAUGUUCAUAUUCGGGCCAAAAAUGGAUAUACUGCAUUUGAUCUAGUUAUGCUGCUUAAUGAUCCAGAUACAGAACUUGUGAGGUUGCUGGCAUCUGUGUGCAUGCAAGUAGACAGAGACAAGGGCAAACAGAAAUCCAAGUCAUCACUACCACGCUCAAAAAGCAGGUUGUCUUUAAACAUCCCUGUGCCUCCGGAUGAUAAAGGGGGACUAAAGUCAUGGUGGAACAGAAUGUCCAAUAGGUUCCGAAAGCUUAAGCUGACUAGAACACUGAGGCACGGCUUCUCCACUAGUCGUCUGGCACCGUUUCCAGAUGAUACUGAUGUGUCCCUGGAUUCUACAAUGAAAGCAGACCAGAAGAACAGUGGGAACAAUGGAUCGAUAGUGCUGCCUCCAAUCUUGGGAACUGCAGACGUGACUACAGCCUGGGCAGUGAAAAGCAAAGAUAGCGGACUUGGCGGUACUAGCACAGAGAAGGAUGAUACCCUAAUAACAACCAUGCUCAGAAAUGGUGCUCCCUCCACCCGACUCCCCAACGACAAGCUGAAAGCUGUGAUUCCUCCAUUCCUUCCUCUCUCAAACUUCGAGCUGUGGGACUCUGACCGGUCACGGAUCAACAAAGAAGGCAAGAGCGAACAGACAAGGCUCUCCAUGCCACAGAGAGGCAACUUCAACAGCAGCGGAAACUCUGACAUAACCUCUGUCAGCCGUGUUGUGGCCAGGCCAAUUAAGUUCCCGAGUAUUGUCAGAAGCCCAUCCUCUCCUUCAAACUCUGGCAAUUUCAACUACUCCCCUCACUCUUCAGGAGGUUCCAAUGGUAUAGCUGGCAUUAACAGGCAUGGAGGUGAUCCACAUAAUCGAUCAGGUGGCAGUGCUGACAGUGUCCUGUCCCAGAUUGCAGCCCAAAGAAAGAAAGCAGCAAGUUUGUCGGAACAGAAAACUCCCACCUUGGACACCCAGACUCCCACAGUUCCAGAUCUCACCUUGCCCAGCCUGCAUGGUACCCACAGCUUAGUGAGCAGCAGCUGUCACAGUGAAAAGAAAUCAGACAGCAGUAAGAGGCCUCAAUCUGGGACAUCCUCCACGUCCAAGAGCACCUCUCCCACGCUGACCCCUUCACCCUCCCCCACGCCUAAAGGCCCCCAUGCAGAUUCCUCCUUAUCAUCCUCCUCCUCCAAUCGACGCUCCAAGAGUAGCAGAGGCUCAAGCAGUGGCACUAUCACUGACGAAGAUGAACUCUCUGGGAUCCUAAAGAAGCUUUCUCUAGAGAAAUACCAACCAAUAUUUGAAGAGCAGGAGGUGGACAUGGAAGCAUUCCUCACACUCAGUGAUGGGGAUUUGAAGGAGCUGGGUAUAAAAACAGAUGGACCUAGACAGCAAAUCUUAGCAGCCAUCUCAGAGUUAAAUGCUGGAAAGGGCAGAGAAAGGCAGAUUUUACAAGAAACUAUUCACAACUUCCAUUCUUCCUUUGGGAGCAGUGCCAGCAACCCACGACCACCUGGUUAUCCUCGCUCACCAGCAGGCUGGGUUAGACAACAAGUUCGGACGUCCAGCAAGAGGUAACACUCAAUAGGACCAAGCCCCUGGGGGAGGGGGGAGAGUUGUGAAAUCAUAGAGUUAUGGGAAAUUGAGCCCAGGUGAAAGCAAGACUGGCUCUUCUCAACGCCAGUGUUUCAGUGCAUGGGACUGUGCAGGAAGACACUGAAGAAAGUGACUGCAUGCCGACAAGAAAAAGGACCUAGGCUUCGCCACGUCUAUGGGAUACAAGUAAUGCCUACAGGAGGUGCAGGAGUGUUUUUUUUUAAAACAUUUUUUUGCAAGGAAUGUGCUGCAAUAAAACAUCACAGUAAUAAUAACAAAUAAUAUGAAACAUGAAGAGGUGAUGUUGGUAAUCUGAGUAACUAAAAAUGCCAGUCUUGUUGGAAAACAUGGAUUUGGUCUUUUAGGGUUCUUUUGAAGAAACCUGCACAAGUGAAGACAGGCUCUAGCAGGAUACAAGUGAUCCUAGGCAGCUAAGUGAAAUGGCAGAAGAUAGCCUUUGAAACACACCCUGGAAGAACAACCACAGGAAUGCUAUGAUGUAAUAUGAGCAUCAAAAUAACUUGAUGAAAUAACUGAACUAUUGAAGCAUUUUGCAGAUGAAGGUAUACAAGUAUACAUAUGGCAGUAUUAUAAGAGACACUGUUCUGUAACAUUAUUGUUUUGUGAUGGACUCCCCUUCCUUUUUGCUAACUAUUCCUUGUUUGCUGCUGCUGACCCAUAUUCAUGGCCUGUUUGAUUGGAUUUUUUCCAUGGUCAUCCUGGUUUGACACAGUUAUCUUACUGUUGUUCAGCCCUUUCUUCUGUUGGAUAGCUGCAAAUGACUGAAAGCAAACUUAAUUUUUAAACAAAACAUUGAGUAAAUGAGAAUCAGAGAAAAUGUGCUAUUCCUUUUACAUUUUUUCUGAUCUAUUGAAAUAAAACUAAAAAAGGAUCAGUGUUUUGUCUUUUCAAUUAUUGAUAUAUUAUUUCUCUUAAAGUAUACUUCCCUUUCAUCCAAAAAUAACUUACAUAUGCCAAUAUACCAUAUUUUAACCAUUUCUAUUGUACUUAUGACUUUUGUAAGAAGGUAAAAAGUAUACUAAUAACUAGAGUAGAUAAACUGAUUAAGGUUUUACUUUUAAACUUUAUUUUAAUCAAAUCACAUUUAUUUCUGUAUGUCCUAUAUGAAUUUGGUUUUGUUUAUUACAAAAAACUUGAACAAAAAGAUGGCUGUUUCGGUAAGUGCGUCACAAUUUUUAAACUGACAUUGGUAUUUAUGGAAAUAUGCUAAUUUCUGUAUUUACUGUUAACUGAAUGUGCAAUUAAUAUCAUAAUAAUUCAUGAAAUCCAUAAUUAAAAGCUGCGUAUCUUGUUUGUCUGAAUAUCUAUGGUAAUUGUUGUUUAUAGUCACACUGCAAAAAAUCAAACCACUUUCAAGAAACUGUAUCCAGUGUUAUAGAAGUGUUACAUGCAUGUCCAUUUCAAAACAGACAGCAGCCAGCUCCUUCAUUUUCAGAUUUAAAAAAAAAAAAAAAAAAAACACACACACAAUGCAUUGCUUAAAAAAAACCUGGACUUUUACAAUAUGUAGAAGGGCUAAUAAUAUCUAAAUAAAAAAAAAAAAAAAAAAAAAAACACAUUUAUGGCUAUUAGGGGGACAUUCCAGCAUCUACUCAGUGGACCAUUGUUAAAGAGCUUUGGGUCUGUGCUAAACUUGUAUGAAAAACUUGUUGUAUUCCUUUGAAUUUAAGCCGCACUUUUUAAACUAUUUUUUUCCGUCUCAAAAACGGCCUGUGUCUUAAAUUAGCAUAUAUUGAUUGUCAACAAACGACGAGACGGCCGAGUACACAAACAGCAAUGUGACUGACUGCCAAGAAAACACAACAAAAAAAGUCACUGCCCGAUCUCGAUUCAUCCAUGACAUACAGGCAGACAUUUUCAAAGCAGUGUCAUUAGCUUUCUGAGCAAUUCAAAGAGAAGCUUUUACAAUUUCAAGGUUUCAUUAUUAGGCUGAGUUCUAACAAAACAGUACCAGCUUGGACAGAUCGGCACAUAACUGCAAUGCUCUGUGUGACAGCAGACUGCCACAAACUGCCUCCAUUCAUGUUUUUCUUAUAUGCAGAAUUGAGGUUGUAUCUUUAUCUUUGUAAAGGCAUCUUUUAUUCGAUGUUUUAUUUUUUCCUCAAAUUGAAGGGGGGGAGCUGUUGGGAUUGGGCUGCCUCUUAAAUUCAAAGGAAUAUGGUACAUAGCUGCAAAAAACAUAAAAUAAUCAGGCGAGUAGUUGCUUCAGAAAUUCUACACAAUUGGGAUGACACAACAUUCUGAUUUCAGCUUGAUCAAUAUUUUAUUUUAAAAAUUUACAUUUCGUAAUUUUAUAUAAGGCACCAUGCAUAAUGAAAAAGAUUAAAACUAAAAAAUAUAUAAAAGCACAUAUUCCCCCUAAAUGGCUUAUGUUUGCUUAAAAGCAUUCAUGGUAUAAAAAUUAUUAGUUUCAUAGAAGAUCCAAAUAGGUUAAACUGUGGCAAGUAACUUUAAAGCAGGCAUUUGACUUAAAUUUACUUUCACAGUACUUAUCAUCUCUUCUGGCAAAGGUUUACAGAUAUGUCUUAAUAUUGUAGUCUGUAAUGUCUGAUGCUGCAAACACAUUUGCAUGCAAAUUGUAAUGCAAAUGUACAUGCCAUCAGGUGCUGACAAUCGCCUUUUAAAUUCCUUAGACGGGUGCUAUAAACAUGGUGAACAUUUCAGAUUUGGCAUUUCACACAGUUAUUGGUCCCAGUAUUUACUGUUUG